AUGAGUAUAUAUCGACAAGAUCUUGCCAAAAAGACAGCGGAAACCGCCGGCGUCAGCUCGUCUACUGUUUAUAAUGUUUUGGCUGAGUAUAAAAAUGAAAAACGUGUGCAGUCGCCGACACCAGCACCAAAACGCGUGACAAAAAUUGAUUUGUUAGACGAAAUAGACCUCAGACACACAAAAUCAAAAGUAUGGCAAGAUAUAAGUGUGCAGUCCAGUCAAGAAGCUCAUAGAAAAGGCCUGUCUACGAGACUAACAGCCCCAACAGGAAAAGGAAAACGUCUGAUAAUAUUACAUAUUGGAAGUGAAGAUGGAUUUUUAAAUGGUGGAGAAUAA